GCCGUGGAUCGUUGUUUAAUCAGUCUUCUGUAUAACAUAUUUAUCAUUCAACUUGUCAUACCAGGAAACUGUUACAACUUUGCACGUCCUCCUUCAUUCCUUGUUAACCACUCCUUGAAAAUCAACCAGUGAUAACUUCACAACACGACCAACAUGCUUGCCUUGGUCACCACGACAGCCCUCGCAUUGGCUUCUCCUGUCACUCUAAAGAAUCCUCCAUCUUUCCUUCCAAUUAGCCAGCCUCUUCUAUCUCAAUAUCUAGCAUCAGCAUGGUCCCCCGAUAACUCAUCUCUCUAUCUUGCCUCUCCCUUUAGCAUUGAUCGCUUCAUGACCUCCCAAUGCCGAUUGGAUAAGGCCAUAUACGUGCAGUCCAGGGAGGGAAGUGAAAUAAAUACUAUGGCAGUGACUCCUUUAGGAAAUAUAGUACUGGGCGUCGGGAGGAAGGUGAUUAUGCUGGAAUACGCAGCUGGAUCAGCAAAAGUGCUCAAAACCCUUGAAUCCCAUGGAACAACGAUUACCGCACUGGUUGUGUCAAAUGACAGUAUGCUCAUUGCUUCCGCCUCUUCAAAGGGCGUGCAUAUUCACAAUCUACUCGUCCCUGCCAAACACACAUCUCUCCCCCUCCCCACAAGUGCUCCUAGGUCUGUGAGCACCAUGACAUUUCAUCCGCAUGUUCGAACCCGCCUCCUUCUUGGUCUUGGACAUGAUAUACUGGUUUACGACGUGGACAAGCCUUCCGCGCCUGUGAAAUGUAUCAGCAUUGGACGGGACGUAGUGGGCAUCGCAUGCAGCCCGUUUAGCAAGACGCUGGUUGCUGUUGCCAGCACAAACAGUGUUAGCCUUGUUGAUUUGGAUAAGGAUAAGGGGUUAUUCAAGACAAUCUUGUCCCCGGAACUCAUUACCUCGAUCACAUUUUCACCCGAGGGUGCAGCUAUCUACCUCGGUAUGCGGGAUGGACUAAGGAUUCUCAAUCUCAGAGAACUGGACAAGGAGAUGAAGAGGGUUUCUGUGGGCGAGACUGGACAAGGAGUACUAUGUCUCGCUGUUCAGAAAAGAUUAAAAACUGCGUCGGCUGUUAAACCGAGUAUUUCCAAUCCAUCAGCAAACUCCUCUCCUGUACGUGCUCGUGCCAGAGUAGCCUCAAAUGUUCGUUCUCCCCUCCGACCUGUGACGGCUGCUGUACCGAGAAAGAAUGGGAUAUCGUCAAUAAAAUCACCCAUUUCUGGGACACCUAAGAAGCAGAAUUCUCUAGAGACCGGUACGCCAACUAGGCGUGUCUCAAAUCGAGGUGCUUUCUCACCAUCGAGGAAUCCUAUAUCACCGCAUGGUGGCAGGAGCACCGAAAGUUCUAUAACUAGUGCACUACGCGGUAGUGUGUCCACAUCGCGGGAAAACAUCUUUGAUGAUGCAAGUGAUACCCCAAUGCGAUUGAAUGCACGGGCCGCAUCUUCCCCAAAGUCUAGGCUUUUGGGUAUCCAUGCGCACCCUGCUGAGUCGAUCUCCACUAGACUGGCUUCGAUGCGCACAGAUAAAACGAGAGAGACGAGGGUUGCUUCUGGAUCAUCCACUCGUUCUGAGAUUACAAGGACGUCAUCGAAUUUAACUGUUGGCAUGAGAACCAAAGGGUCUUCGUUAAAGCGCGCCCCGUCGACAAUAUCAAUAUCUUCAUCGAAGACGAGGGAAAGCGCUCGCUCAAAGACGCCUGCCAAUGAAGACGAGGAUGCACACACAGAAAUCUCGUCUCCGGAUUUGCCGAUAGACCCUGUAACCCCCGUGGCCGACAUAAAGAAACGGUCAGCAAGAAUAGUCGUUGAAGCCCAGAAACCAAGGGUAAGAACAAGUGCAGGGAGGACGAGGACAGAGACGGGCAGCACAGGCCUUAAUGCUAUCGGUACCGCAAAGUCUAGGGGAAGUAAGGAUAAGGGAAAGGGCAAAGAAGUUGAUGUGGAUGUGGAAGAUGCUGGCAAGAACGAGGAAUUAAACGCCGUGGAAGAAGACGAAGAAGAGGCGCAAGUGACUCACGAGCGCGAGCUCUCGAUGCAAGUUUCCCCUCGCCGACCCGUGGAACAGACCUGGGUUCCAUCACCGCUCCGGCGAAACUCAGGCACGUUCCCUAUGCAAUCUGGAGCAAGCGGUGCAUACGAGCUCUUCCGGGGGCUCAUUGUGGACAUGCAGACCAAGAACCACGCAGACGUAAAAGCGCUGCACGUUGACAUGCUGCGAAUGGGGCGCGGGCUUCGGCAGGAGAUGGAGGAGUGGGGUGGGGAGGUGAAAAAGUUGAGGGAGGAGAAUCAGAGGUUGCGGGAAGAAAAUGAUAGACUGAGGAGAGGAUACUGAGCGUCUCUCAGGUUAUUUUUUGGGGGUAGACCGGUGUAUUGGUUUGUAUGAUACCCUUUCGCAAUACACCAGUGUAGCCAGUAGGAUGUUGUAUGAUCCUUUCCGGUGCUCCGCUUCUCUCCAACAAUACGAUGUACUCCAAUCGGAUUCUGUACGUCUCGAGGAAUCAAUUGACAAUGUAUAAUUCAA